UAUGUUUUUUUUUUCUCUGUGUCACUUGACAUCCAGACGCAGGAGAUGUGUUAAUUCUUCGAAAGUGAGAUGUGAUUAAUAAACCUUAUUUGUAGGCCUAGAUCUAAACUAGACUAGAUCUUAAAUAGUCAAUGUUUAGUUAACUUUUUACCAAUGAAGGCGAAGAAAACUUCCAUUAUGCCUGCGACUUUACCAAACGUCUCAAACGAAUUAAAUAAAUUUUGUGGGUAUGCCAACCGAUUACGACAGAUUUUGUCAGAAACAAAAAAGUGUUUUGAAGAUAUCAACAACUCUGGUCGUUUCGAUGGAACUCAAAUUAUUAAUGCUGAACUUCUCAAAGAGGAAGAAUUGGAAAUAACAUCUAUAGUUGAACAUCCCCCUACAAUUAUAGUAUUUGGUCAGACACCAUAUUUGAAAUCUCGUAUUGUCAACGAACUCUUUAAUAAAACUGUCUUUCCGCCGCUAGAGGAAGACAGUGACAUUAAUCUACGCAUGGUAAGGAUAUUCCAUGGUGAUACCAAUACAGUCAGUUUGACUCUGCCAGAUGAUUUUGACCUGGUGGAGAACUUAGAAUCUUACAAUGGACCUUGGAAUACCAUACCCAGAGCAGACCUGGAGAUUCCAGAGAAUAAUAAAUCAGAUAUAGCUAAUGGCUUAGCUGUGUUGGAAGUAACUCAAAACAAUUCAUUAUUAAGAUAUGGCACUCAGGUGAUUGUGUCACCUUCACAUGAAGAGAACACUUUUGAGGAGGUUGUUAAAAAAUGUGCAGAAAAUGCCACACCAAUAAUUAUCUAUGGAUUUGCUUAUGAUCAACUUUCAGAAAUAGAUGUUCUAGAAAUUAGUCAGCUUAGAGAGCUCACAAAUAAUGCUCCCAUCUUCUUUGUUAGAGUUCCUCCCCCUGGGUCCCGCACAGUGGAUACAGAUCCGCCAGAUGGGGCGCCAAGAGAUCCACCGAUUCUGUCUGGCCAGACAAGUCAAUAUAACAACAACGCCAAUCAGUCAUCUUUUGAAUCAUCUCAACACUCACAUACUUCCACAUCUUCAGUGACUUCUCACUCAGCAACCAACCUUUCUCCCAAAUCCCCUAGUGUCAUCCGCGAGCAUCUCAUAAGACUCGGCUAUUUAGAGUGCAGCCCUGAUUUGCAUGCUUACAGGAAACCUUACGUAGAUGUCGAGUGUGUCCUAGUGGAGAAUUUCACAGACUUUCACCCUGGUUUCACUGCUUUCACCAAGAGUAUGCUGCAGUGUUAUAGUGUGAACGCUGCCUCGGUGUUGAAUCACUCCCACACACGUUGCCUUCAAAUGUUUAUUCUGUCAGCCUUUGACAUGGCCAGGGACAUGCUGAUAACACCCAAGAAACUGGAGUUUGCCAGAGAGAAAGAAGAGGAGCUCUACAAGUCACUGUUAAAGAUCUCUGUGUCCAAACUUGAUGAGAUCAAAGAACUCAUCUCCACAACAAUCUCUUUCAUCAGGAGCUGUCUCAUUGAGGAGGCUGCUGAGUUUCAGUUUAUUGGCAUUGAGCUAGAUAGAAAUGGAGGUGUUCGUUCUGCCAGAGAUUUGCAGGCAUGUACAGAACAGAUCAGAGAAAUGGUACUUAGUCGACUAAAUCAUGCUGUGGCUGGUAAACUGGUCAGUUCUGUUGAUAUACUGAGAGAUUCAUACACAGGUACUUUAACUAGAUGUCUAGAAAGUCUUGAAACAAUGGACAAAGAAAAUCCUGAGGGAUCCAAAACUACAGAUGCAUUAAAACAGAUAUUGAAUGCAGCCUAUGCUGUAGAGAUUACAGUCAGAUCCAGCUCUUCAUUCAUUAAAAAUAUUCUGGAGAAAAUGAAACAACUGGUUCAAUCCAUGCCAUGGAAGUCCUCACCUGUUAUAGACAGUGACUGGAAGAAGAAAGUGGCUUGGGAAAUGUUAAAUAACCUGAGUGAAUCAAGAUUAGCAAAAAGUAUUUCAUCCCAAAUCAAAGAGCGUUUAAAUAAAUCUCAUGAGUCAUUCAGCAAUGCCCUGAAGCAGUUAGAACAAAGGCACAGCGGGAGGUUAGACAAAAUAGAGGAGCAUCGUCUCAAGCUUAGAAAAGUUCAUGCUCCACGCUUGGCCAAGUUGGCGCUAGAAAGCACAUCUCUGAAAGAUCUCAUUCUUCAUGGUAUGCCUGUUAUGGGUAGAGAGAUAGGGCGAGGUCAGUAUGGAGUUGUCUACUCUUGUGACAACUGGGGCAAGUAUUCUCCCUGUGCCAUCAAGUCAGUUGUCCCCCCUGAUGACAAACAUUGGAAUGACUUGGCUCUAGAGUUUUUCUACACUAAAAACAUUGCUGAGCAUGAUCGCAUUGUGAUGCUUCGUGGCUCUGUCAUAGACUACAACUAUGGAGGAGGGACAUCUCCGGCAGUGCUUCUAGUCAUGGAGAGACUGCAGAGAGACUUGUACACUGCUAUCAAACAAGGUCUGGAUUGGAUAAGUAGACUUCAAGUUUCUAUUGAUGUAGUGGAGGGUCUCCGUUACUUACAUAGCCAAGGACUUGUUCAUAGAGAUGUGAAAUUGAAGAAUGUCCUGCUUGAUCGUGAGAAUAGAGGAAAAAUCACAGACCUUGGUUUCUGUAAGCCUGAAGCCAUGAUGAGUGGUAGCAUUGUGGGCACACCUAUACACAUGGCCCCAGAACUUUUCACUGGCCACUAUGAUAACAGCGUGGAUGUUUACGCCUUUGGCAUUCUCUUUUGGUAUGUCUGUGCUGGACAUGUUAGGCUGCCCAAUGCUUUUGAUCAGUGUACUAAUAAGGACCACCUGUUUCAGGCAGUUAAAAAAGGUUUAAGACCAGAGAUGCCUCCAAAUUCUUCACAAGAAUGCUGGGAAUUGAUGCAGGGCUGCUGGGAAGGUGAACCAGCAAAAAGACCUUUCUUUGGAGAUGUGGAGGAUUCUUUGAAAAGGAUUCUAGAAAGGUACAAGGCUAAAGUGGCUGCAUCAGCAGAGAAAAAAAUGGGAACUCCUGAAAAGAAGAACCGCACCCCACAUGUAUCCCCUCGCCACAGCAAACAGAUUCUUCCUAACAGAUAAAAAAUUGGCCCACUUUGAAUCUCUGCUGUUUAUUUUAGGACUGUUGCCAAGCUAGUCUUUUUGUGAUAACUGCUUUGAAACUUCACUAUUUCUCAUGGUGAAAAUUUACCUCUAUAUAAGAGGAAAUAAAGGAUUUUCAGUAUUUUGAAAAUGUGUGAUCUCCACUUGGUAUGUACUUCAUCUGUUGUAAGGAUCUAUUGUCAUGCCUUAUCACCAUUACGUGUGAAACAUAUUUUUUCAAGGCACAGGCUUUGAGCGUUUUGGUUCUUCCUGCUGUUAUCUUCCAUCAUUUUACUGCAUAUAAUGUUUGUUUUUUUCCUCUUUAGAUCCCUUGUUUCAAUGUAUAUAGUUCUUGGUAGAUCCAGUCUGGACAUAAUGCCAGACAAUAGUUACCAUACAAGUGAUAUUAUAUUUUUAAAAGUGUAUAUAUGAAAUGAUGGAUGAAGAAUGUGCUUAAAGCUUGUAUAUAUUUAUAUCGAUCUACAAUAGAAGUGAGUGAUAUUCCUCAAUUAUCUUUCAGUUAGAACAAAUCUGUUUUAUACUAACAGUCUGUACUCCUUAGAUUAAAUAUAGCAUAUGGUCCUGGAUUAGCAAGGCCUUAGCAGUAUUAUGCCACAUGUAAGUUGGGUGAGAUUAUCUUAAGCUUUUUUAGAUAGAAAGCUUAAAAAAAAAUGUUUAUCAGUAAAGAUUUUUAAGAUUUUUUUUUUACUAGUGUCAAUGUAAAAUAUGUUUUUAAAAACUUGUUUAGCAUUGUGAUGUUUAAACACUUUUUUUUUUCAAACUUUGAUGUUUUGAAAUCUAGCUUGUUAGUUGGAGAUCUAUGUUUUUUUUUUUGUUUUUUUUUUAAUAAACAAAAUGGAAAUUUAGAUUUUUAAUGAUUUAAAAAACUAUUUCAACUGCUGUAUCCGGUUACUCUUGUCACAUAAAAAUUCUAGAAUUGUUGGAAUGUUCACACACAGGAGGGUUCAUUUCUUUGUUUAUAUUUUAAAGAUAUUAUAUAAUCACAAGGCUGGUGAGGUGUCUGUGAUUGAGGCAUUAAAGAUAAAACAUUUCACUUUGUUAAGUCAGAUAUUAAAGAACUAUUCUGAAAUGUUUUUUGUUUACUGUCUGUGUCUUCAUGUAAUAUUGAGUGUGAAGUAAUAGCUCUUUUGAAAUGGAUUGUUCUUUCUCUUGUUUAUCCAGUAACUCUGAUCCUCUUCUGUUUGGAGCAAAACUUUGUUUGUUUACAGUUAAGUUUCAUUCAACUCAACCUGUGGCUUAGUUCUUUCCUUUGCUGUGAGUGAAAACAAAGUUCAUGUUUACAUUUGUAGGUCAAGAUUAAGUUGUUUUGUAGGUCAAGAUAUGGCAGGAAAAAAAAAAAAAUUCUGUUGUAAUGCUCAUCCUACAGAAUUUAAUAUUAAAAAUGUGCACAUAAGAAAAUUCACAUUUUAAUAAAAACAUUUUGUUUAGUUUUGUGUCAAAUUUUAAAUUCAAUACAUUUUCUGUUUGAUUUUUAACCCAUUCACUGCUAUUGUGAUACAAGGCAGUAUUUAUGAUAUCCUAUUGAAUUAGUAUUGUAACUCUUCCUAUCUUGCAGUGAAUAAGAAUUUAAAGUUGAAUUUUGUUAACCAGAAAAAUGAGCUUAUUGGUGAUAAUAACAGUCAAAGUGUUUAACCAUCUAAUGUUAGGAAAUGUUUCUUUUUUUUUAUCUAGUAAAUCUAUUAUUAGGACAGUCUUUUAUUUUAUUGAUCUUUCUUUCCUCUUGUUCAAUGUUUCAAAUGGAUAAAAUGUUUGCGUUAUGAACAAGAGUGCACUUGACCUUAUUGAAGACAAUUAAGUUAAAAAUGCUAUUACUAUAGUUCUUUCCAAACUUUUUGUUGAUAAGCUAAUUAUUGAAAUAUACAUUUAAUAACUGUAAAUUUGCUUUGGAUAUAACACUUUGUAACUUAAGUUUUUAAAGUUAAUUCAGUAGUAAAUGUUUAGAGUAUUGUAUUAGAUUUUUGUGUACAAUUUUAGAUAGCUAUUUGUCCUCAAAUCUAGAGGUUUUGUUGUUUUUUUAUGAAGUUGUUCAUACUUAUAAGAAAUGGUUCAAUUGUUUUGUCCCCAACAAGAUCAAAGCAUUAGUAUCUUCUGUUAGUUUUCUACUUUAUGUUCUGAUAUCAAGAAUGUUUGUAGGUCAACGUUUCGCAGCAUUCAUUCAGAUUGUCAUUGUUUUAUUUUCUUCUUUUCUAAUCUUUCUAUAAUCUUGGUAGAGAAUGUGGGCCUUAUGGCACUUAAGUGUUGUCAUUUGUGAAUUUUAUUUCAGAAACAAACUUUUAAAUCAGUGGAUCAUAAUUCCUUUGAUAAUGACUCUCAAGCUAAUAAUGUGUUGACCCUAUCUAUAGUUACAAUGUGAGGCCCUGCUGAGAGAGGAUCAAGAAUACCUGCUUUACAUAGUCAGCAAUAAGGUCUUAACAUGAAACAAAACUAACGUUCACUACAGAAACAAUAUUUGAGAGGACUGGAAUAUUUCUCAUCAUUUGCCAUUAAAGUUUAUUGGAAACAAUU